CUCCGUUGUGAUAUGAAGCGUCUGCAACAACGCACAGAAAAUUACAACUAUACAACCGUUUGACAAAUAAAAGAGUAUAGACUGCUGUAUACAUUGUGACCAUUGUGACGAACUUUGGACGUAGAUUGCUGUAUUUCGUAUAAUCUCGUUGCAUUUUUUUUAAAUCUAAUUUUCCACGGUUUCCAGAUAUGCUAUCGUUAUGAGUAUCCAUAUAUCUAUAUGUAUGAAAACGAGUUAAUAUAAGUUUCAGUGAGUUUCACGCUGAACCUAGUAUCGACAUCAUUUGCGCUAAUAAAAGCAAAAUUCGUAUUCAAAAUGUCACUGUCAAAACCAAAAGAAAUACUUUACGAUCUGUUGGGAAGAUACUUUCGUAACUUGUAUACGCACCCUAUAAAAACAAAAGCCAUUACGAGUUGCGUCACGGCCGUACUCGGUAAUUAUUUGGCUCAGAAAUUGACCAGAGCGCAACACAUUAAUCAAGACAGUUUAAUGGCAUUUGCACUUUUCGGCCUACUGUGCGGUGGUCCGAUAUCACAUUUUUUUUAUCAAUGGGUCCCGUUAAUCUCUAAAAAUCCACUCACCAUUUUGUUAAUCGAGAGAACAAUUUACACGCCUUGUUACCAGGCUUUUGCACUUUACAUGCUUGCCAGAUUCGAGGGCAAAUCGCAUGAAAAUUCAAUGAAAAAUUUACAUGAGCUUUAUUGGCCUAUUCUCGAAGCCAAUCUAAAAUAUUUGACAUUGCUGCAAUUCAUCAAUAUUCGCUACGUACCACCAGUGCUACGGGUUUUGAUGGUCAGCAUCAUUGGUUUGAUGUGGACCAUUUUUCUGGCAAAAAAACGUGAACGUCUCGCAGCUAGCAAACGCAUGAAGCCUUAACUGUUUGGAAAAUCUUCCUUUGGUCGGACGUUUUAUCCGCCCAACAUAAUUUGUCUUCCAUAUAUUAAUUAUCCAACAUACUUGUAUGUUAUUUGUAUGUGAAUAUUUAUUUCCAGGGUUCAAUACGAUGUACAUUCCAGGAUUUCCUUUUUUCACAACUUAUUAAAACUUUUGCACCGUUGACAACUUA